GAGGAUGGCAGCGGAAUGGUGGUCUUGCUGCAGGACCUGGCUGAACUUGAGUCUGCGUGUUUGGCCACGGCAAGCGGGGAUGUCGUUCUCUUCAACCUCAACACCUGCCAGUUGGAGUGUGUUGGCAGUGUCGAUAGUGGCCUUACCUCGAUGAGCUGGAGUCCUGAUGAGGAGCUUGUCAUCCUCACUACUGGUCAGGAAACAAUCAUCAUGAUGACCAAAGACUUUGAGCCGAUCACUGAGGUCGGAAUCCACCAGGAUGAUUUCGGUGAAGGAAAGUUCAUCACAGUCGGCUGGGGAAAGAAGGAGACUCAGUUCCAUGGCUCAGAGGGGAAACAAGCAGCGCAGAAGAAGAUCCAGGAGGUGCAGCCCGCUGUGGCCUGGGAUGACCGCAGGCCUCGGGUGACGUGGCGAGGUGAUGGUCAGCUUUUUGCCGUCAGUGCGAUCUGUCCUCAGACUGGAGCCAUGAAGAUCCGGGUCUGGAACAGAGAGGGUGUCCUGCAGGCCACCAGUGAGCCCAUCAACGGUCUGGAGCAGGCGCUCUGCUGGAAACCGUCGGGUAGCCUGAUAGCGAGCACCCAGCAUCAUCCCAACAAACACAGUGUGGUGUUUAUGGAGAAGAACGGACUGCUGCACGGAGACUUCACUUUGCCUUUCAGUAAAGACCAAGCCAAGGUGAAGGAGCUGCUGUGGAACAGUGACUCCACUGUUUUAGCUGUUUGGUUGGAGGACAUGGCUGCUGGGGAGGAUGGACAGGUCAACAGUCACAUCCAGCUGUGGACGGUGGGGAACUAUCACUGGUAUCUGAAGCAGAGCCUGGACUUUGGCAGAGACCCUCAGAAGGCUCCAGUUUGUGUCUGCUGGGACCCAGAGCGCCCCCUACAGCUCCAUGCGGUGUCCCGCAGCUGGACCAGCAUCACCUACGACUGGGGCUGGAUGACAGAGCGCAGCCCCGGACUGGACGCCACCGACAACGCCAAUGUGGCUGUGAUUGAUGGAGAGAAAAUCCUGGUGACUUCUUUCAGGCAGUGUGUGGUUCCUCCUCCAAUGAGUUCAUUCGAGCUCCAGUUAACUUCACCAGUGAACCAGGUGACUUUCCUGUGUCGACCUCAAGGGACCAAUCAGGUGGCAGCAUUCACCGCUAAUGGGCAGAUCUCAAUCUACAGCCAAGAUUCAGGAGAACGGGCUGACAAAACGGCAGAUGGGUUCAGGACUAUGUCUCAUCCUCUGGUCCUUCAGAAAACCUUCAGACUGGCAGCCCUUCUUGAUGAUCCUCUGGCUCUGAGGCAGCUGCUGUGGCUAGAGGAUGAGCUGUUCGUGGGGGUCAGUUCUGGUCUGCUGCCAACCUCCUCCACCCUGCAGAUGCUUCGUCCUGUUCAGGAUGUGACUGAGACACUUGGAGUGAGGGCUGCUGUGGAAGUGGAUGGUGUUGUGGUCAGUGUGGUUCACUGCUCACAGACUGGAACUGUGGCCCUGCAGCUGGAGGAUGGACAGAUCCGGAAACUGGUCUGGGAUCAUCCUGAGCCAUCCGUGGAGGAUUGGCGGGACUCCAGCGGUUGUCGCAUCAACUUUCCUGUUCCCUGCGUCCAGACGGCGCUCUGCAGCAUCAGCGGAGAGGAAUGUCUACUUGGGCUGACGGACAGAUCCCACCUGUACGCUGGAGACACAGAGCUGGCCUCCAAUGUCUGCUCCUUCGCUGUUUGCAACGACUUCCUCCUCAUCACCACACACUCCCACACCUGCCGCUGCCUCCAUCUGGGCACGCUCACUGUCAAAGGGCUGCAAGCGUCCUUAGCCUCAGAUGGAAGUCAGAAUGAUGAGACGCUUCGGAGAGUGGAGAGAGGAUCCAGGAUCGUCACCGUGGUGCCUCAAGACACCAGAGUGAUUCUGCAGAUGCCUCGUGGGAAUCUGGAGACUGUACAUCACAGAGCGCUGGUGUUGGCUCAGCUCAGGACAUGGUUGGAUAGUUUGAGAUUCAGAGACGCUUUUGAGUGUAUGAGGAAGCUGAGAAUCAACCUAAACCUCAUCUAUGAUCACAGCCCAAAGGUUUUCUUGGAGAAAAUACAGACUUUCAUCACGCAACUCAACUCCAUCAACCACAUCAACCUCGUCCUCACUGAGCUGAAGGAGGAGGACACGACUAGCAGUAUGUACCCCCAUCCUGAGAGCAGCUCCAUCCAGCAGCAACCUUCAUCUGGGCAGAAGAAGGUGGAUGUGGUUUGUGAUGCUUUACGGAACGCAAUGGAAUCAAUGGAUCCAAACAAGUUCUCUCUGUCUAUUCUGACGGCUCAUGUGAAGAAGACAGUUCCAGAGCUGGAGAUUGCUCUGCAGAAAGUCCACGAGCUUCGAGAAAACCCUCCUGAAGCUCCAGGUGCUGUGAGCGCUGAAGAGGCAUUAAAGUACCUCCUGUUCCUCGUCAACGUUAACGACCUGUAUGAACACUCACUGGGAACGUACGACUUCGACCUCGUACUCAUGGUGGCCGAGAAAUCCCAGAAGGACCCCAAAGAAUACCUUCCCUUCUUAAACAUGCUCAAGAGCCUGGAGCCAAACUACCAACGCUACACCAUCGACAAACACCUGAAGCGCUACAAGAAGGCCUUGCUUCACCUCAGCAAGUGUGAAGAAGAACAUUUCGGUGAAGCUCUGCAGCUGGUGAAGGAGCAGAAACUCUACAGUGAAGCUCUAAAACUGUACGCAACAGAUAGCGUUCACUACAAGGCUCUGAGCUGUGCAUAUGCUGAGCACCUGGUGGAGCAGCAACAGGCGGAGCAGGCCGGCUUGUUGCUAUGGCGAUGUGGCGAGCCGGUCUGCGCCCUGCAGGCUUUCGCCGGCAGCUCCAGCUGGAGAAACGCCAUCUGUGUGGCGCAGCAGAUACCGCUGCCACCGGACCAGUUGGCUCUGCUGGCCAGAGACCUGGCAGAGAAGCUGACUGAACAGAGGCGCUAUGCAGAUGCUGCUCUGCUGUUGGACUAGUACUUUUCUUACUCCAUGUAGGUUUCCCAGAGACUAUGGGUUGAGGAGGAAUUGGAAGUUUGUCGGCUUAGACCUGGUGUCAUUCCAUCAGUGUUUAACUUCCCGGCUCAUCUUGGAAGAGUACGUGCCAGAAAGACCAUGACCAAGCAGCCUUGAGAUCUUAGGCAGCGUCUCCCUCAGGUCCCUCACUAUCUCCCCACACAUCCACCAACCACUGGAACACAUCUCCAAAGUUCUGCUGGGCCAGCUCAGCUUCCCCUCAGAAGAAGUGCCACCACCUGCCAGAUGAAGGAGCCUUUUGAGAGGCAGCUGGCAUCGUGAUUGGACUGUACUUUGGUCUGUUCCAAUCCAGCUUCAGCUCCAGAGACGGCAGGCAGGACGAGUCAACGGAGGCCGGGUGGACGAAGACAUGCAGCUGAGUACAAUCCAGAAAACAACAGAGGGGGAGUGCAGUGGUCCAGUGCCAGAACAACCAGAGUAGCAUCGUAUGUCUCUUAGAAAACAUCAUAGUAGAGCCUUUGGUAUGAAAAAACAGCAUAAUAUGCAUCAUAUAUUGUACAAAUACCAAGUCAAAGGAAAAACACAUACAUUGUAGAAUUGUAGUAAUUGUGGGCUGACUGAUUUACUGAUUAUCAGUAUUUUAUUUUUUACUAAUUUAUGGUAAUAAAUACAUUUAAAAAUGGU